AUGUCCGAUACAGAAGACGCGUCUCCCCUUGGAGACAAUGCUCCCAGCGGCGAGCAGCAAAUAACAUCUGGUCAGGAUGUGGACUCCGACAUCCCUCAUCUUGAGGAGCAGGAGAUGGAAGCUGGCAGCGAGCUACAAGAUGCUAGCCACCGCCGUGAUUUGCUGGAGAAGGAAGCAAAUGCUUCCGAAGUAAGCUCAAUUGAUGCGAGCUUGGUGGACUCGCUCCCAAGGCGAGCUGGUAGUCCGGUGGGCUCGCUUGCCUCAGGUCGGGGAGAAGAUUCAAUCCAGGGCUCGUACAUGUCGUCUCCAGGCAGUAGUGUUUUGCCCUCGGUUGCAUCACGAGCUGGCUUGAGCAGCCCAUCACCAUCGUUCAGACCAUUCGAUCGUCGGUUCCAAUCCCGCAUAUCUUCAUCCUCGUCCACCACACCCCGUGCGUCGUCGCCCGCUUUUCUCAACACCCAUAGUCGAAACGUCUCUCUUAGCUCCAACUUCUUCAUUGAACAAAAUGAGACUGAUACACCGUCACCUCCAUGGGAAGUCGUAAGAUGGACCAGGUUGAAGAAAAUGAAUGGCCAGGCCUUUUCUGAGGCUGGCCGUAGGAAUUUCGGAUCCCCAACCUGUCUGGCGGUUUCAGCAUCUAUUGUUUUGGGGACUUCAAAGGGUAUAAUAUUAAUAUUUGAUUUUAAUCAAAAUCUCAAAAUGAUAAUUGGACCAGGAACGAAAGCAAUCGAGUCCGGUCCAAUCACUGCUAUUGCUAUAUCGGCAGAUCACACAACCGUUGCCGGGGGGCAUGCCAAUGGGAACAUCUUUACUUGGGACACUGGCAGAGCUUCGCGACCAUUUCUCACGAUUCCGCAUUUGGAUGAAGCACAAGCAGAAAACCGGACAGCAGAUGGACAUGUUCCUAAUGCAGCUGUGGUGCAUCUCGGGUUUCUGGGUACGCGACACACAGCCCUCGUGUCAGCAGAUGACCGCGGAAUGGCCUUCUCGCACCUCGCAACUCGAGGCACUGGGGCGCUGGGUCGAACCGUGAAAACCACACGAAUUCUGGGCCGAUAUCCAAAUGCGCCUCCUCCUUCAGGGAAAUCCAUCAAACCAAGCACUGUGCUCGCUUUUGCCCCGUUACCACUGGGAAAUGUCGAAAAGGCGACAGACGGCAUGGGACUCACAGCAAUGCUUACGCCUUACCUGCUUGUGAUUGUUUCUACCACCCCUAUUGCCCAGACGCAACACAAGUCAGCCCGGCCAAAGGAUGUCCCAGCACAUAGCGCAAUGACUGGCUGUUUAGCCUGGUUUCCUGCUGUCAAGUUGAAAACUCCGGAUGCACACACCGGAAGUGAUGUGUCCAAGGUCAAGCUUGUGUACUGUUGGUCAAAUGUCCUGACCGUCCUUGAUGUGGAUGAAAUUUACGGGGAGGAUGCAGAUCAACCUCCUUCUCUCAGAUUCAAAGCACGAAGCAGAUGGAAGUGUGAAGAGGCUAUCGCAGCGGUGCAGUGGCUAAGUCGAUCUGUUCUUGCAGUCCUGACUAUUUCUCAGCGUCUUAUCAUCUUGGAGGACCGAAGCAUGCGGAUGACUGAGGCAUUCGACUUGUUGCAGAAACAUAUAUACCAUAAAGACCUCUUCUCGAAACAACUUCACACUCUUGUGGAACAGCUAGAUGAAGAAGAUGUGACAAUGCACGGAGUUGUGGCUGAUGCCUUCUACAUGAGCUUCAAAGCCUACAAGGGUAGGAUGUUCUUGCUCGGCUUCAAUGAGGUUUCCAUAGGAGCACUCUCAAACUGGGCAGAUCGCCUUAUUGCUAUGAUGGAAAACGGAGAUUACAUUGGCGCGAUAAAGCUAGCUACUUCAUACUAUACGGGAGAUGCCGAUAAACUCACCGUUGGCCUUCCAGAGGACGGGACUGUGCGUCAUGCAAUGGUCCAAGACAAGAUCAUGGAGAUCAUGUCAGCGUCCUUGAAAUAUGUUUUUACUCAGCGACAGAAACGGGGCAAAUAUGAUGACGACGCCGACCAUUUGAGAGAACUUGCAGAGACCUGCUUCGUGGCCUGUCAGGCUAUUGAAGCAUCCGAUUUUCUGUUUGAAGAUAUGUACGAAUGGUAUAGCGAAGCUGAAGUCGAGGGUUUGUUUUUGGAGACCCUUGAGCCUUAUAUCUUGGACGAAACAAUUACAAUCGUGCCACCAGUGGUUGUUAAGGAUAUGGUCGCUCAUUAUGUGGCGAAGGGGUGGGAAAGCCGACUCGAGGAGAUGAUAUGCCAUAUGCAAACAGCAACAUUGGAUCUCGAUCAAAUCACGUUGUUGUGCAAGCAACACAGCUUGUACGAUGCCCUGACAUAUGUGUGGAAUCAGGCGCUGAAUGACUACAUCACCCCAAUGAUCGAUCUGCUGAGCCUCUUGGUCCCAUUGUUGACAAAUGGAACAACCACGGGUGGCACAACCGAGGACGAUUACUUCAGUGUCAAUGCCCUGAAAAUAUUCCCGUAUCUCUCAUAUACCUUGACAGGAAGAAUAUAUCCCAAUGGAGAAUGGUUAAGUGAAGAAACGGCGGACAAAGCCAAGGCAGAGAUUUACUGGUUUUUCUUCUCUGGCAAGACAGUGGAGUGGCCCAAGGGAAGCAAGAAAGAAUUCAUCACUCGACCAGGAGAUGAGUCAGAGCCUGCAUUUCCAUAUCUGCGAAUGGUUCUCAAGUUUGAUGCGCCAAGUUUUCUAAGCGCCUUAAACGAAGCCUUUGAAGACACGUUUUUGAACGAUUCCCCGGAGAAGCAGGUCAAUGGCGGAUCUCGAAUGGAUAUGCCGGAGGAACAGAUAUUCGGCAUGACAAUCAAUCGUCAGUAUGUGGUAUCGAUUCUUCUCGAUGUUAUGAAUCCAAACGAAUUCGCCCCCGAGGACACCAUCUACCUCGACAUGUUCAUUGCCCGGAACUUGCCAAAAUUCCAGCAGUAUCUCUUAUUUUCUGGCUCAACUUUGUCCAAAGUCCUUACAGGACUUUGUCACUAUCCCGGUGAAGAUCUUGCAGAGGACGCUCAGCUAAGCGCCGAAUACCUCCUUUCAGUGUAUCAACCGUCGGACAUGCCAUCAUUCUUGCCAUUAUUCAAGAAGGCGGGCUUUUACCGAAUCCUUAAGCGCGUGUUUCGUCUUGAGGGUCACUAUGGAAUGCUCAUCGCGACAUAUUUUGAGGACCCAGAAAAUCAGGAGUCUGUGUUUGAAUGCAUUGCAGACUGCCUUCGGCCGCAAAAGGGACUUGACAAUCGACAACUGGAAGACGUCCAACGGGUUAUCAAGCAACAUGCCAGAGAUUUGCUCGAGAUAAACCCUGAACAAACAGCGCAAACUCUCGUUGCACAGUCCAUCAAGGUUCAUCAGCACAUGGUCAAUUCUGCAUCUGAUGACGAAGGGUUGCAAUAUGCAUAUUUGAAAGCCUUGAUAGAACCCGGCCACGCUACGGAAGAUGAUGCCGGUCCCAACGACCAAGAGCUCACGGAGCGCUACGUACAACUCAUGUGCAAGUUCAGCCCGUCGCAUGUCUCAGACUUUGUGGAAAGCAUGCGAUCAGCCGAUUUGCGCCUUGAGAAGUUGCUCCCAACCAUGGAAGAGACUGGUGUCGUAGACGCUGCUGUCGUACUCAUGGCCCGCGAUGGCCAAGUCAGUCAGGCAAUGGAUAGGUUGAUCAAGCACCUAUUUUCGCUGGAAUCAGCGCUGCGAGGACUCUUGACAGAAACAAUUAGUUCCACAGAGGGAGCAGAUGUGGAAUCGUCAACCGUAGAAAUACUUGAGCAUUUGCAAAAAUACGUCCACGUCGGCAUUUGGCUAUGUCAGGGCCAGACAAAGUCGUCCAAGAAGGUGAACAUUGUGAAGAAGGGAAAGGCACUUGCAAAGGACAGCCUGUCUCCAGAUGAAUCCCUGUGGCUGGGAUUGAUUGAUGCUUGUGUACAAAUCACGAAGCGAUUAUCACCCAUCAUUUCAGAACAAGUGCAGGGCUCGGUUUUGGAAGACGACCAGGCAUUGACGCUUCUUCGCUCACUGGUUCAACACACAUUCACUUCCCUUCUCACAGCUACCUCUAGCCAGAGCCAGGUGCAAUCUGGGUCGAAUUUGCUGUCAAACGCGGGAAACAACCUGUCAUUUUUGAGGAUUUUAAGGGCAUUCCUCACCAAAGCGGCGGCCUCGUCACCAAAUUUGGCAGAUCUUCGAGGAGUAUUGGCCUCAAUAUUUGCGGCGUAUGCCUAUGAGGAGUCCAUUUUGCGACUGUCAAACCGGCUCCUGGAAAGGAAUUUGUUUGUAAAUGUAAAUCAAUCGGUACAAUUAAGGCAGCGUGGAUGGCGACCACGUGGCUCAACAUGCGAGGCAUGCAGCCGGCGAGUUUGGGGUCCUGGUGUAGCAGGUGGCUCCGUAUUUGAGGCAUGGGAAGACAGGCAAGCAGUGGAAGAUGAAGUACGAAAGCAGAGGAAACUCCGUGUUGCAGAGAGGGCCAAGGGCAAGGCGGGCGAGUCGGAUGGCCGGGACAAGGGAAAGAGUCUCGACGUCCGACCAUCGAGCAUGCUCAUUGAAUCAGACGCAGCUCUGGCUGGCAAAGAAGCACCUCUCGGGCCACUUGUGGUUCUGGCUUGUCGACAUAUAUAUCACCAGAGCUGUCUCGACUCGUUGCAGGAAAAGCAGGAGAAUGGGGUUAUUGGACGGGAACGCGAAUACAAGUGUCCCAUUGACGGUUAA